UUGAAUGAAUUGAAACGUUUAAAGAGGCAACAAUAAUCUGUCCACCAAUUGGAAACUGUUUCAUGGAAAAUGCAAAACUGAUUUGUUCCACGUAUUAAACGAUUAAAUUUGUUUUUAUAAAUAUUUGAAAUCGUUAAAUUAAGCUAAUUAAUUUAUAAAUCAUUCAAAUCAUUUCGUUUAAAUGCGAUAAAGCGAAUGGAUGAAGAUUGAGAAAUUUCUUUCAAAAAAACUAAGAAGAAGAAAUUCUAGAAUUAAGCAGGGAUAAAAGUUUUUAAGCCGGAACAUUGAACGCGGCAUAAUUUGAGAAGUCGAAAUGUGUGACUACAAUUUAAUAUUGAAAAGAAAAUAAAUUCGAGGAUAUUAAUUAUCAACGAUUAUUAACAAAUUUAUUGUGUAAUAAAUAAUAAUCGAGUGAUAAUCAAUAAAUUAUAUAUUCUAAUAUUAUAUCGAUAUCUUCUUAACCUUGUUUUUUGUGGGUGUUAUUUAAUAAUUAAGUGUUAGGUAAAAAAAAAAAAAAAAAAAAAAGAAAAAGAAAAAGAAAAGGAAAGAAGGGGGAAAAAAAGGGACACCCAAAAGGGAAUGAAAGAAUAAUAAUAAUAAUAAUAAAUGAUAAUUUAAAAUUAUAACUUGUAUAAAAAUGGUUAAUCUACAAGAUAUUAGCUGCCAGCUUAUGAAACCAGCUAAAGAUCUUGCAAGUUGGAACUUUCCACUUUCAGAAAUUCUAGAAGAAUAUUAUUCUUUACUUGAAGGUCAUUAUGAUGUUAACUUUGGAGAAGCUGCAUUAAUUCUUCAAAAUUCUGUUAACAUAUAUGUACACAGAGUUGAACGUCUUCUUGAUGAGACCGCAUGUUUAAAUGAAAUGUUUAUCGAUUAUGAAGGUGGAAGUGCAAAUGAAAAAUUGAAACACAAUAAAAAACAUUUAAACAACUCCAUUAAUUUUGAUGAUUUUAAAUUGUGCAAUUUGGCGGACGAAGUCGGAAAGAAUAUUAAUACGAAGAAUAAAUUUAAUGUAGAAAAACCUGUGAAAUUGUUAACACGGCGCUUUGCUCAAUUAGAAAAUAUUGCAGAUGAUCUUGUACAUAAUAUGACAGAAAUAAUCGAUAUUCAUGGUGAUGUUAUUGGAAAAAAAUAUCAUUUCAGACUUUGGAAUAAUGGACAUUGAUAUCUCUGCUACGUCAGGGUAUUGCUCCAAUAUGUCAACAUUUGAUAGCAGUUAUAAUUUUAAUAAUCCAACUAGCAUAUGCAACAUAGUGACCAAUAAUAAUGCAGAA